CUUUAUUUUCUUCUCCCCCCUCUCGUGGUCACUCUGGAAAAACGCAGAAACGCAAUCGUCAUUUAUUCGUCACAUCAUACCAUACACUCGCUGUGUACCGGUACAAGUACGGCACUCGUACGUUAUCAUACCCCACCAUACGGUACCCGUCCUUCCCGCAUUCUAGUUUGGCAACCAGGCAACCAAAAAGAAAGACCAUGAGCCGCACCAAAGCCAUGAUCGUCUCCCAYUCGGUCGUCUUUCUCCUGGGCGUGACGGCCGCAAAGCUCUACGACCGGGACGAGCUCAAUUCCUACCGCGGGGCCUACGAGAAGCCCAUGCAGCGGUUCCGCCGGUGGGCCGGGAACGCCGCGAUGGGAACGGUCGCGCUGGGAUCCCUCUGGGUGGCCCUGGCGGUCGCGGGCAGGGGAGGCAAGAAGGAGGACGGCGGCGGCGGUUGCUGCGGGACCGGCGGGAUGGCCGAGUCGAGGUGAGGCGGGGCGAGCCGGGCCCAGCCCAGCCCAGCCCGGAACGCAAGGCAGCCCAGCGCAGAUCGGAUCCCAGCGAUCGACCCAAAACAAGAUCGGCGGCAAGGAGACAGACCACUUGGGGAUUUCGAGUGGAUCAAUCGCGGUUCGUUGGUGGGUUCUCGCACGAGACGCACASCAUCGGACAAGCCCGCCCACCGAGUGGACGGCACGAUCUUUAGUCGAUACCGAUGUGGUUGGUUUCCCCCAAAACGUGCCGAAACAGUAAUUUUAUAUAAUGUACGCAUGUUUUAAUUAG